AUGGUUCUACGCGCUGCAGUUCAUGCGGCACCUGUUCCAGGUCUCAUCGUCGUAGCUCAUAAACACAAGGUAUAUCCUGAAUGGGGGAGUGCUACUUUUUGGUGGAGGAUUGGUAUAAGCUGCAUACUAGUCCUUGCUGGGGGAGUGUUUGCAGGUUUGACUCUCGGUCUUAUGGGCCUGGACCUUCUGCAUCUACGAGUGCUCGCCUCGUCCUCAGAUGAUGCAGAGGAACGCAAAAACGCGAAUACAGUGUUAAAACUUCUCGAUAAGGGUCGUCAUUGGGUGCUUGUGGUUUUGCUUCUUGGGAACGUUAUCAUCAACGAGAGCUUGCCGAUAUUCUUGGACAGUGCGAUUGGGGCCGGAUUUACUGCUGUAGUUAUAUCUACAGUCAUGGUUGUUAUUUUUGGAUACGGACUGCAAAUCGGGGCUCGAUGCGCCCCAUUUGUGCUGGCAUUAAUGUAUAUUUUUGCACCCGUCGCCUGGCCCACUGCAAAACUGCUGGAUCGUGUUCUAGGUGAAUCCGAAGAUACAACAUAUAAGAAGGCUGAGCUUCGCACAUUCCUCAAAUUUCAUCGUAAUUCUUCAGAGCCGCUCAGAGAUGAUGAGAUUGCCAUCCUUGACGGUGUUCUUUCCCUAAACGACAAAAGAAUCGAUCAAAUUAUGACGCCGAUCAAGGACGUCGUAACAAUCAGUUCCAACAUGAUUCUUGAUCACGCAGCGGUCGACAAGCUCUUAACAAGCGGUUAUUCGCGCUUUCCGAUCUACAAAGGCAACAACAAACACCAUUUUAUUGGAUUGCUUUUGAUCAAAAAGCUUAUUACGUACGAUCCUGAUGAUAAACUCCCUGUUGAUGCUUUUCCAUUAUCAAUUCUUCCAGAGGCGAAACCGACUAUAAACUGCUUCCAGGCAAGCCAAAAACACCAAACGGGUCGUGCCCAUUUACUACUAAUAUCGGAGCACCCAGGAGAACCCCGUGGAGCCAUCGGCGUGAUAACCCUUGAAGACAUUAUUGAAGAGAUAAUCGAGGAAGAGAUAGUCGAUGAGACGGAUAGGUACGAGUCGAACCAAUCCAAGCUGAAAGCGAAACGCAUGUCAACUGCUGCUAUCAUGAAAGGGUGA